AUGGGGAAGGGUAAUAAUAUGAUACCCAAUGGCCAUUUCCAUAAGGAUUGGCAACGAUUUGUUAAGACCUGGUUCAAUCAACCGGCCAGGAGAUACCGUAGAAAACAGAACAGAAUAAAGAAGGCUAAAGCUGUUGCUCCUCGUCCAGCUGCUGGUCCUUUGCGACCGGUGGUUCGUUGUCCGACAGUUCGCUACCAUACUAAAGUAAGAGCUGGACGUGGAUUCACUCUGCGGGAAAUUAGGGCUGCCGGUUUGAAUCCUACUUUUGCCAGAACUAUUGGCAUUGCUGUGGACCCACGCAGACGAAAUAAGUCAGUUGAGUCUCUGCAAACAAAUGUGCAGAGGCUUAAAGAAUACCGUGCACGUCUCAUUCUCUUCCCGAAGGGCAAGAAGGUUCUGAAAGGUGAAGCUAAUGAGGAAGAGCGCAAGUUAGCGACACAGUUACGUGGACCAUUGAUGCCAGUACAACAACCGGCACCAAAGUCUAUUGCACGAGCAAUUACUGAAGAAGAGAAAAACUUCAAGGCUUAUCAAUACUUGAGAGGUGCACGAUCAAUCGCUAAACUUGUUGGUAUUCGUGCAAAGAGAUUGAAAGAUGCUGCUGAAAAUCCCGACGAUGUAACGAAAGCACCAACUGCAGUUAAAGAAGCCAAGACGAAAAAUCACGCGCAGACCAAUGAAAAGUCAAGAUGCAUCAGAGCUCCAAUGACAAAAUGUGAAAAAGGAGAAGCUAUGUCGAGAGUUGAACGUGUCCCAGAAACGAUUUUUAUGGCAUUUGUCGUUUGAAUGCAACAUGGCGAAAGAACUGCCUAAUUAUAGCGACAGGUUUUGCCACUUCCACAGCCACUGGAGUGCCGCAGACGUUUGCUGUAUCAUAUGUUUCUGUAUAAGCUGGUGAAUGGCAUCUUUGACACACCUGACCUAUUACACUGGUCAACAAAAUUUUAACUUUGUCGUGCCACACGGACUUUUUUGAUAUUUUUUACUUUAAUUGGUGAUUGUAAGAAAAAAUAAACAGUUAAAAAAAUUGCUAGACGAGGAUUUUAUUCUAUUGAGUAAUUUAAAAUAUUUAGAAAAUCAAAAGUUGUUUUUUUUUUAUAAAUGACAAUAAUCUAUAAUUUUCUUGAAUAUUUAGCUUCUGGUUGGUCCCUUUUAAUUCUCCAGCAGUAAUCUGCUAAAAUUUGGGCUCCAUUUGCCCUGGUACCGCUUUUCCUUAUUAAAAAUGUCCUGAUGGAACCUCCCACCGUGCUCGUCGCUGACAGCCCCUAAAUUGUCAGGAAACAAAUCAGAUGCGAGUCUAAAACCUAGAUCUUAAGUGACAUGUUGCAACCCAAUGCUUGAUAUGACAAUAAUAGCUCGCUAACCACUUCUCUGUAGUUGUCAGUCUUGUGGUUUCCCAAAAAAUUUGCAACAACAUUUCUAAAAGCCUUCCAUGCAGAUUUUUCUAAAUCUCUUAAUUUUUCUUCCAAUCUUGAAUGUUUUAUAACUCCCUAAUUUAAGGGCCAACAAAAAUACCCUCUUUUAUCUUUGCAUAACUUAUUUUUGGGAAUUUUUCUUUUAGAUACAAAAAUCCACUCCCAUUGCGAUCCAUUCGAGCCUUCACAUUUUUUUUAUUAAUCCUAAUUUAAUAUAUAAGAUAAGUUAUAGGGUAACUAACUGUUUUUUUUUUCUUG